CGUCUUUUCUAGUAAUAAUAACAGAAGUCUUUAGGAAAAAUGUGACGUUUUUCAUUUUUAUUUUCAGAGAAAUAAAAAAAAUUCAUAUUUUUAAAUUAUUUUACAUUAAUUUAAAAUAAAUUGAUAAUUAAAUUGUAAAAUAAUUUAUUAUGAUAAUUAGUAUUUUUUUCAAUCUUUUCACUGUAAUAAAGUUGUUCAUAUUGUAGAGGUUAUAUUUACAUGUUUUACAUAUAUAAAUUCAUAUUACACAAAAAAUAUUAAAAUUUUUUUUAAAAAUUAUUCUAAUCGAUAAUUAAAUUCAUAUUUAUAUUUUAUUAAAAAUGGAACAGGAUUUGAAAACAAAAAUCGAUCAGGCUUGCCGAACGGCCGAAGAAUUUACGAAGCUUUAUUAUGAAAGUUUAGAUAAACGUAGAUACCUCAUAUCAAGAUUAUAUUUGGAUACUGCAACUUUAAUAUGGAAUGGAAAUGGUAUUGAAGGCAAAGAUAAUAUACAGAAAUUUUGGACAGAUUUGCCACCUUCAGAUCAUUCUGUUUUUACUUUAGAUGCUCAACCAAUAACGGGUCCUGAAGUGGCAGAUCAAUUGACAUUCCUUGUAAAAGUUGGAGGGCAAGUAAAAUAUGAUGAUAAAACAUCAAAAUCAUUUAACCAAAGCUUCUUAAUUGCAGCAAUGGGAGAUAAGUGGAAAAUUGUAAGCGAUUGUUUUCGAGUACAAGAAGCACUAGAAAAUGUAAAUUAAGAUAAUAUAAAAUUAUUUGUUUUCAAAAUGUUUAAAGAUCUUUUUGAUUCAAUAUUUCUUUUUAUUUCUAUCGUCGGUCUUAUAUCAAUGUAUAAAGCGAUAUUAAAAUUUUCGUAUUAGUGAA